UGGAGUAGUAUUGCUCACUUCACGCACAGUAAUGUGUAUAAUUCGCCGUCGUAAAAGGGACCGCCGUCGACACCAUCACUGUGCAAGUAUUUACGAGUGAGUGUCAUCUUCACCGUCGUGUUUUCUUAAGUUAUUAUAACGUCUCGACGUCUCGUACGCAUUUUCCAUUUAUUUGCCUUCGUUCAAACACAUUACCUGCUGACGGUCGCGACAACAUAUUUCGCCGAAGCACGAUAUUCGUCCAUACGAGUGCGCGUCCCCUUUGCCGUCGUACUCGUUUGCGCCGACAGUCCACUGAUCAUUUCACCCACUAGUUGCUGGUACUGCCCAUUUUCUAUUUUCCAUCUCAGGAGGACAAGCACCAGAAAUAAAAUGUCGACUAGUAUCAAAAAACAUUAAGGAGAACAUAAUUCAUUAUGGAACCAUUAAGCCCAUCAAUUAAUGAGUCUGUAAUACAUUUCAAUUCCAGAGUGUUGACAAUUCCACUUGUUGGAUGUUAUGAUCCAGUAUUUAAACAGGAAUUCAUUGAUGAGAUAGACCAUGUCAAUGAUCAAGUUCCUAAUAGAUUUAUUAAACAGGAAUCAAUUGAUGAGACGGACAAUAAUAAUUAUCAGUUACUCAAAGGCUUUAUGAAUUCAGACAUUGAUAACAACGAGAAUGUCGACCUUUGGUCAAUGGGAAAAUGUAUAUUUUGUAAAGGAAAUAUAGAAGAAGAUUCAAAAAUCCUAAAAUGUCUUCAUAUUAUUUGUAAAGACUGCACUAAGAGAGAAAGUACUGAUUCAGGUAUAUGGUGUAAAUGUAAAAUAGUGACUAAAGGUGAACUCUUUGAUUACUCAAUUAUGGCACCAAGUCAAUCACAGGUAAAGAUAUGUUGUGAAAAAAAUUGUCAAGUCAUAGCAAAGAAAAUCUGCAUGCAUUGCAAAAGCAUGUAUUGUAAACCAUGUUCAAAGAUCCAUUCAAUUAAGAACGAAGAUCAUAAACCUGCUUUGAUGAUGAAAUAUCCAUUAAAAAAAGAAUUUCUUCCUUGUCCAAAAUGUAUGGAAAAAUCGGUAGAAGUAUUUUGUACAACAUGUUCGAUUAUGCUUUGUGCUAUUUGUCAUUUAAACUUUCAUCAGAAACAUAAUUUUAAUCUUCUUUCCACAAUGGCCGUUCAAACCAAGGCAGAAUUGCAAACGUUACUAACUGAUAUAAGCAAAGAAAAGAAUCAUUUAAACUUUAUAAGGCAAAUGUCAAAUGAAAAUAUCACGAAAUUGAAAUCCGAGAAAAAGAAAAUUAAUGACAAAAUUGAUGAAAGAAUUAAAAUGAUACACAAAGAAGCUGAUAAACGCGGACUUCAACUAAAAAAAUUACUUGAAACAAAUUUCACAAAUGCUGUUAAUAAUAUUAAUAUGAAUAAUACGGUUAUUAAUGAUUUUGAAAAAGAAAAUGAUUAUUAUUAUAGUUUAACAAGCUCUGUUAUCAAUUGGGAUAAAAUUGUUGAAUGCAUUAAACUUUCAAAAAUUAUCAAGGAUCAAAUGGUGAUUGCUAAGAGACGUACCCAAGACAUGUCUAAAGAAGCAACAACUUGUAUAGCUGAAUUGAUAUACAAUGAUGAACAGUCUGUUAACAAAAUUGUAGAAUCAAUUCAAGGAAUGGGAGAUAUUAUUUCAUCAAAAAUUGUUAGUUUAUCAGAAUUUAAAACCACAGUCGACUCAAAUAAAGUUCACCAAACUCUUGAAAAUUAUCAAUCUCCGAUUUUAAGAUCCAAACUGAUGAUGACACAAGAUGGCGUGAUCAAGCUAGAAAAAGAUAAUCAUGAAAUGAUGAUAGAUAAAGAUUCUGAAAGUAUCUUUAAUGGAACUAAAGAAUUAAUAAACAGCACAUCCUGUAAUAGGUCUUAUCAUAAUGAUUGUCAUAUUUCUUCACUAGCUAAGGAGCUUAAACCUGAAGAUAUUUAUAAUAUAGAUACAAUGAAUCAACAGCAGCAACAACCACCGCAGCAGCAGCAGGAGCCACAACAGCUGCAGCAACAACAACCAUCAUCACAACCACAGAUGAAUGAUGACCAAAAAAAAUCCAAUGAACAAACUGAUGAAGAUGUGUGUCAGUCAAAUAAAGGAUUUGUUGUUAGGAUGCGUGGCCUAUCAUGGUCAGCUACAACCGAUGCUAUAAUUAAAUUUUUAAGCACAUCGGGUGAAGCAAAGGUUAAAGAUGGUGCUUCAAGAGUACAUUUUACUAUGACUACAGAAGGAAGACCUAAUGGUCAAGCUUAUGUAGACAUGGAAUCCGAAGAAAAUCUUAAGGCUGCUCUUAAGCAAGAUGGAGAAUAUAUGAGAGAUCGUUACAUUAAUGUAUUUCCAUCAAAUCGUUCAGAAAUGGAACAGGAUAUUAAAGAAAAUGGUUCAAAACUUGACAGUGAUAAUUGUGUUCACAUAAGAGGUCUUCCCUUUGAUUUUACUAAGGAUGACAUUGUAGAAUUCUUCCAAGGGUUAGAGAUGAUACCAAAUGGUAUAACCAUAUCUAACAGCUCCGCAGGGCGGAUAGGAGCGUUUGUACAAUUUGUAAACAGAGAGAAUGUAGAGAAAGCUCUGAAGAAACACAUGAAGAAAAUAAGACAAAGAUAUAUUGAGGUAUUCCGCAGUAGUUUAACAGAAAUUAACAAUCAAGCACUGCAAAGAAGACCAAGACAAACUCCAUAUGACCGAAUGGAUCGUUUUGCUAGUAGUGGUGGUGGCAGUGCUGGCAGAGGACGGUACUGUGAUAUGUCCAUGAGAACUGGACGUGAUAUGAAGCCAUUUGGCAGUGGUAGAAAUAUGGGUGAACCAAGAGGCGGUGACAGAGGCCGAGGCAGAGGCAGCAUCAGUGGUUUUGGCAGUCGAAAUUCUUUUUGGGAUUGAAAACAUUUUCCCGGCGUAAUAAUAACUCUGGUCCUCCUAAUUCAUUUUUUUCAAAUAAUAUAGGCGGAGGGUGAUAUACAAGACCUUUUGGACCAAUAUAAUUAUGUCAGGACCUAGACCAAAAUUUAACCCCUUUUAAAAUUAAUGAUAAAUAAAAUAAAUUGUUUGACUUUAAACUUUAAAGUAUUAUCAUAAUAUGUUUGCAGCAGAUCGAUAGAUCGAUGUUUUUUUUUAUUUCUUAAACUAAUAAAAGUAAUUAUGAUUAUGCUCUUUCAAUCUAAGUACUAAAUAUGUUAGUUUUACCAUUCAAGUGUUAUUUCAUUUUGACUACCUAAUUUAUGGUGUGCUCACAUAGAAUAAUUUUGUAAUAUCAUUUUUUUAGAAAAAUAUGAGAAUACGCUUAUUUUUCACAAAAUGUUAGGGCAUAUGAUGUUAUAU